UGCGCACCUCGUGAACGCUCGUGAACACUCAUGAGAUGCUAAAGAAGUAAACAGAUAACUAUAAGUGGAGAUAAAACGUGUAAACAUGGACACGCAGAAAGAUAUCCAGCCUCCAAAGCAGCAGCCUAUGAUCUACAUUUGUGGUGAAUGCCACACUGAAAAUGAAAUUAAGGCUCGAGACCCUAUCCGAUGCAGAGAGUGUGGUUACAGAAUCAUGUACAAGAAAAGAACAAAGAGAUUGGUUGUCUUCGAUGCCCGAUGAAAAUGAUUGAAGCCCUUGUUGUGUUUGAUUAGGAUUAUGUGUUUCUACUUUUAUAGUGUAUGAAUGUGUAAAUAAACUGAAAAA